UACAACGAAAGACACGGCGCGACAACAGCGACAGUAGCGGUACUGAUAUUUAGCGUAAUUAAAAUCUGCAAAACGUAUCACGUUUGCGUCCUUAGAGAUGGGAAACAGUGAGGAUGAAGAGGAUGAAACCGAGUGGAGGAACAGUUUCGUGGAUUCAGCAGCGCAUAGCCCCCCUGCUGCUGCUUCAGGACCUGCACAUAGAGUCAUUCUGCAUUUUGACCUGGACUGCUUCUACGCUCAGGUGGAAAUGAUCAGAAACCCUGCACUGAGAGAAGUCCCUUUAGGUAUACAGCAGAAAUACAUCAUAGUCACCUGUAACUAUGUGGCAAGGGAGAGGGGAGUCACCAAGCUGAUGUCUGUGACUGAUGCUAAGGAGCGAUGUCCUGAGCUGGUGCUGGUUAAAGGAGAAGACCUCACGCACUACAGAGAAAUGUCAUAUAAAGUGACAGAGCUGUUGAUGUCUCAUUGUCCGCUGGUGGAAAGACUUGGAUUCGAUGAAAACUUCCUGGAUGUCACAGAGAUGGUAGAACAAAGGCUUGCAUACACACUGAAGUCUGAAGACUUUUCAUUUAAAGGACACGUCUACAAUCAUCCAAUUGCAGAUGUUAAAGCCGGAAAUUACACACAGUUGGCUUUAGGUUCACACAUUGCAGCAGAACUGAGAGAAGCCAUCCACAGCAAACUGGGCCUGACCGGCUGUGCUGGCAUCGCCACGAACAAACUGCUGGCCAAGCUGGUUUCAGGCACCUUCAAACCAAACCAGCAAACCACCCUGCUGCCAGAGAACAUCAGCGACAUCAUGGGCUGUCUAAGCAGUCUCCGCAAAGUGCCAGGGGUGGGUCACCAAACCGCUAAGAGGCUUCAAGCCCUGGGAUUGGUCAGUGUAAAAGACCUGCAGCUGUAUCCUCUGAAUGACCUGGUGAAGGAAUUCGGAGGUCCCGUUGCUCAGCGUUUGAAGAAUCUGGCCCUCGGUGUUGAUGAAUCGCCUGUCACUUGUACUGGGGCCCCUCAGUCUCUCAGUGAUGAAGACUCUUUCAAGAAAAUGUCCUCAACCAAGGAGGUUUUGGAAAAGAUUCAACAGCUUUUGAGCGGUGUGGUGGAAAGGAUGCACAAAGAUGGCCGGCAGCCUCAAACCUUCAGGCUUACAAUCCGUAGGUACACAACGACAAACAAGUGGUUCAGUCGGGAGAGCCGGCAGUGUCCGAUCCCGAACCACAUUGGACAGAAGAUCGGGUCUGGUACGCUCACGCAUCGGGAAGAGCUCGGGUUGAAAUGUGUAGCAGAUUUUUCAGGCAGCAGUGAUGAUGCUGUCAUCCAGCUGCUCCCGUUGGCCAUGAAACUCUUCCACAGGAUGGUGGACUGCAGUGCCCCCUUCCACCUCAACCUCAUUAACGUCUGCUUCAGUAAUCUGCAGAGCCGAGCGGCUGCCGUCACCGGGAAGGGCUCGAUAACGUCGUUCUUUUCACAGAGCGCAUCUCCCAAGAAAUCGCAGGUCAUCUUAUCGCAGUGCCAGGCUGAUCCCACUCAGGGUGAUGAUAUGGAUCAUCAGUGUAGCACAGAUGGCAUGAUUACUCAACACAAGAAACAGCCCACCACACAAAGCUCUUCUUGCUCUGAGGCACCAUUACACGGAUUCAGAUGGCAACAAAACCCUGUUGUUGCUGUAGGAGAGACUCAGAAUGCAUCCUGCAGCACAGCUGGGUGUGACCCCAAUGAAGCAGUGAACACUGGGACACAACUGCCUCCUAAUGUCGACCCGGAGGUGUUUAAGCUUCUUCCAGAGGAAAUCCAGAAGGAGCUGUUAUCUCCUGCCUACGUAAGCUCCCUUUGCAGCACUUCCACCAGCCAGUCAGGUGCUGACGGCCUCCACAUGUCAGAAACCAAGCCUCCACAGACACUUACAGACUCAGAAAAUGUUAAUGACAUAAAGGAUGCUGCGAGUCAUCAGUGGCCCGCAGGCACAAGUGCAUUCCCAGGAGAAGACGUCAUGGAGGAAGGGGGUCUGUCAUUCCCCCAGUCAUCUGACUGCGAGUUCCCGGGAAAUGUGGACCCAAAGGUGUUUUCUGAGCUUCCGCUGGACGUUCAAAGGGAGCUGAUGUCUGAGUGGAAACAGCAGAAGCCAGUCCUGAAGACUCCCUCGUCCAAGAAACCAGGAAGAAGCUUGAUGACCAAAGACAGAAAGGCUGCAGGAAAAAGCAGCCAGGCCAACAAUUUGUUCAAGUAUUUCAAACCCGGUUAGAGAGAAGUGUCUGUUUUCUUUAAGAAGAUCUUCUGAGUCUGACUGUUGAGUUUUUCUCUAAAGCAGUUUUUACCUAAAUAGGCAACAAUACUGAACAUUUAAAAAGCAGCUCGAGUGUCAUAACAUUUUUUAUUAAGCAUUAAAUAAUUAAUGUCUAGUAGGACAUAUUUGUAAAGUCCUUUUACAAACUGUAUAAAAUUUAUUUUCUCAUAUAAAGAAAAUUUGAAUGAUAGUCACAUUAAACAUGAGCGCUACAUAUCUACCUGUUGCACAAACCUCCUUUUGUGAGGGGCAGCCAAUCAGAGGGUAGUCGGGCUGAAGGAAGGGGCGACCUUAAAAGGAGAGGAGAUUAAACACCUUGUUUCAGACAGCUGUUAAUGCUGCUUUUAAUUGUUUAAUUAUACAGUACCACACUUACCCUGUGUCCAAACUUUUUCUGUGAAAAGUUAAAAUACAAACAAACAGAAAAAGAAAGUCAAGGCAGAAAUUAAACUGCACAAUUAAACAAAAGAGCAAAUUGAUGCAAAUUGAUCAGCGGUUGGACUCAUUUUGGGGAGAAUCAAACUGCAGCCUUAAAAAUGAGCAAAAGGCCAAAUUUCAGACAUUAAUCGUCUGAUUAACCCGACAGUGACAAAAAUAAACAGCACAGGAAGCUUUACCAGGUUGGCAUUUAAAGUUCUG